AUGGAGCCGCAUCUGUCAUACGGCGCCGAAAUGGCCCUCCUGUGGCGCCAGCCGUCGGCGACCGGUACUGUUCCCCACGCCCGCACCCACGCCCACACCCACGCCCCUGCCACUCCCUCGCCGCCGCGCCGCAGCUUCUCGGCUGCGGCGCACCACCUCUCAGCGACCGCCGCAGCCUCGACCUACUCGUCGCCCGAGCUCAAUCUCUCGCGCGUCUCGGCCGCGUCCGGCGAGUCGGCCACCAACCUCUCGGCCUCGCUGCAGCUCGCCGAGGCCAUCGGCGAGUACACCCGCGCGCUCUCUGCUUCGACAGCCCAGCUGGCCGAUCCGGGCCUCCGCGGCGCAUCGCACUCGCCAGUGCCACCAUCGACGCCACUUGCCGUCCUCGCUUCAGAGCUGGAGAGCAUCCAGGCGGCGCUGGUGGCCGACACUGAUGCGCUGUCGGCCGCGCUCGGCGCCGCACGCGCAACCGAGCCCGGUAGUGACGCCGUUGACACAGCGGCUGAGCUGGGCAUCUCGCUCAAAGAGCACGUGGCUCGCUUGUCGCGGCUGGCUACUCGGCUCUCGUCACGCGCCCGCUCGUCUCCCGCACGUCCUGCUCACCGCUCGCCUGUGCGCUCGACCGCCGCUGACGGCGAUCUUGUACCUGGCCUCCGCCGCGAGCUCGCUGCGAGCAAGGAGCGCAUUCAAGUCUUGCAAGAGACUCUCGCGAGGUACCAGUGCCGUCCCCAGAUGGCCCAGAUGAAAGAGGCCCUGCUGGACGCAGCCAACAGGACCCAGGUGACAUCCGCCGCCCACACUGCCGAGCUCGACAAGCUUCACGUCCAGAUCGGUGCCCUCCGUGACGCCUAUCUCGACGCUCGCCGCGAGGUCUCGGACCUGAAGCAAAGGCUGGGAACUGCUACCGCUGCUGUCGACGCCGCGCGGGUCCGGGCUACAACCGCCGAGCUCGACGUCGGUGACCUCGAGCUCCGCAUCGCCGAGUUGCGCCAGGGCAGCAUCAGCCUCCUCCAAAAGGCCGCUCGUGGGCAAGUCGACUCGAUUGCUGCCGAAGAGACGUCGUCAGUCGCCGCCAUGCUCAAGGAGCUCUACCUCGAUGCCACCAUCCGCAUCCGCGACCUCGAGCACCAGCUCCUGACCACCCGCGCCACGGCCGCACGCCGGCCCUCGCUCGAGCACCAGCUCGUCGACGGCCAGCUCAUUUCCACUGCCAUGGCCCAGUACUCGCUCGGCCAGGCCCACGCCGCCAAGCGCAAGAAGAAGCGCCGCCACCGCAAGUCACACACCACCGACGACCACGACGGCCCGCCCGAGUCAGCCUAG